AUGUGCUUGUGUACUCGAUUUCCAUCGGCGUCGGCAUCCCUGGCAACCACCGGCGCGAUCGCGGUGGUCGUGGCUAGCGCCUUUGCGGGGAGCCACAAAUACGUUCCUGGCCUUUUCCUCAGCGACGCAGACUCGCCAGAAACUCAACAUGCCAUCGCGACCGCAUUCGAGCGAGUCGUGGGCAUUUUUGCCAUCUUUAUCGCCAUGGAUGCCAUGAAUUCGACGUGCCAAAGCAUCUUGCGAGGCAUGGGCCAGCUCACAAUCGGCGCGAUUGUGAAUGCGGCUGCGUUUUAUGCCGUGGGGCUGCCCCUUGUGGGCUUGUUUGCUUUUCAGUUCAAGUGGGGCCUGCAAGGCACUUGGAUGGGACUCACCAUCGGCCUCACGCUUGGCGUUGGCGUCUACCUUGUCAUCAUUUACCGAACGGACUGGCGCGCUCGUGCGAAGGAAGCCGUUGUGCGCAACGAAGACGACAAGGACGAUAUGGUACAAGGCGUCGUGGCUCUCGAUGCCCAUGGCGUCGUGUAG